CAGGUGAAUGUAUGCUCUGUUGGCGAAUUGCUUCCAAUGGAACUAUCAGAUAUUCUCCUGCCAGAAUAUCCAGUGGUUAAGGGUUGCCGACCGAUUGACAAGUUACAACCAAAUCUAUACGAGGCUAUAAAGAACGAGGAUUUAGAGGAAUUUAGGAGAAUACUCAGCUCCCCAAGAGAAAGCAACGACCUUAACCGGCUGGACAGUUCUGGUAAAACUGUUUUGCAAGUAGCAGCAGAUCUGACAGAUGAGACCGUCAGAGAUGAGAUUAUCAAGGCACUACUGGUAAACGGGGCCAGCUUACAGCUUGCUUUGAUUAAUGCAGUACGCGAUGGUGAAAUCAGAAUAGUGAAAGUACUGCUUCAAUUUUGUAAUGGACAACCCCAAACAUCACCAGACAAAAUCCUUUCUGUCACAGGUCAUGGUGCCCAUGCAACACCACUUGCCCUAGCCGCGUGUUUGGAGAACUUUCAAAUUGUCAAACUUCUUCUUGAACAUGGGUUCACCAUUGGUGAUCCCAAAAAUGUCCCAUUGUCGACAGAAUUCAAUGAAGCGCCUUGCCUGAAGCUUGGUCCCGCCGUAUAUCGUUUAAAUAAAUACCGCGCACUGGCCAGCCACUCGUUUAUCGCGGCGUCUUUUCUGCAAGACGUGCAGCGUGGGUCAGAUCCAAUACUUCGAGCUUGUAGCCUGAGCAAGGAACUCCGUGACAUGGCCGAACAAGAAUACGAGUUUAAAAGUGAAUAUCUUAAACUUUCUGAUGGCUGUGAAGAGUUUGCUAUGUCGCUCCUCAACAAAUGCUGCACAAUGCAAGAGAUCAGAUGCAUUUUGGAAACGAAGAGUAAAAGCAAAAUGUUCUCUAAAUUGGAGGCGGAUUCGCUAAACGUGCUGGAAUUUGCCGUCCAUGCCAAAACGAAAAAGGUACGUUUUAAAGUAUUUCUUUAAUUUAGGGUUCUUAGACAAUAGCGUUUCUAAAAAUGAAUAGUACAUUUGUGUGAAGCACAAUUUGCAUGAAUGUCUAUUGUAAUGUCAAAACACCCCGGAUAAAAAGACGAGCGCUAUUUUGGCAUGACUUCAUUCGCAUUAUGUGUUUGCUGCUCAGGAGAUGAGGCAGGAGACUGCUUGCUUUAAGCCGAUACAAAUGUCUCGACGUUUGUCCGAAAGAUGCGAAAAAAAAAAUUGGGGAUAAAAAUUACCGAAUUUAAAGGGCGAACAGAGUUUUGACUGGACAAGUUUUAACCCAAAGGGUAAGUUAGUUUAAUUUGCUUCUUUCGGCUGAGUUGAUGAACUAAUUUAAAAUGGCCACCAGAAAGAGAUCCAAUAUCUGGCUCCCAGGUAGAUGAAGCUCACCCACAUACCCGAGCUACACUGGGCGAGCCAAUUUUCAUACAUUUCUUACAAAACGGUGGCGAACCGUUUACAAACAAAAAGUUGCCCCGGCUAGAAGGGUGAUCCCCUAACUGGGCCAACUUUUCCCAUAUAAAAACUUUGAAUCACUCAGCCGGCCGGUCAACUCCGUCAAGGAGAGGCGCUGUUGGCUCAGGCAAAGGUGUUAACAUCUCAGCGCGCCAGCGCUUCGUCGAUUUUCUCUGAAGAACUCGAAAAUCUAGCCAAUUGUUCGUAAUGCCUUGCCCAGCUUUUAAGCUGCAGUCCCUUGGCAGUGGCUAAUUUACUUUAUUAACUCGGUUGAUAAAACCAUUUGAUAUGUUUUAGUUUUGCAAAAGGAUAAAUCUCAGCUAUAUUAAUGUAAGUAGUUAAAUACUUGAUAAAAGGAAUAAUUUCCUUUUAAAAAGCUAUACUAACCACAGAGUUUUACCUUCCAGUUCGUCGCCCAUCCUUACAGUCAGCUUGUUUUAAAUUCAGAGGUCUACAAAAACAUGCCUUUCCAGGAGGUGAAAAGUCUUUGGAAGCAGUUGGUGUUGGCGUUACUGGCGUCUUUGCUGUACCCGUUGACUACCGUGAUUUGGUGUUUUUCUGAGAGCUUUUUUCCUGAACAUAAAGUGACCAGAAUUUUCCAUUCUCCUUUAAUGAAGGUUCUUAUGUACUUUGGAUUCUACCAAACAUUUCUGUUUCUGCUGGCUUUCACAUCAAGUACAAGUCACUUUCUGGGCAGCUACUCAUUCAGUGGUAAGAGACGUGGGAAGAGAAUAAUAUGAUUUAAUUGCACUGUGAAUGCCGAUUCAUCGCCCAAUGUAAGGGAAUCUAAGACAGCCUUGGAUUCUGGAUUCCAAGUACUAGAUUCCACUUUUUGUCGGUGGAACUUGGAUUCUGGAUUCCAGUCUUUAGUGGGAGGAUUCCGGAUUCCUUGAGCUGUAUUUCGGAUUUCACAAGCAAAGUUUUCUUCCGAAUUUUUUGGCACAAGCAAACAUUUCCCGGAAUCCGGAAUCGGGAUUCCCUUGCAUUGGGCGGGAUUCAAGACCUCACAUUACCUGUGUCUUCUUUUCACAGAUGUGUAUAUCCUUAUAUUUGUCAUCGGGCAAUUGGUAGACAUCAUCAAGGACAUUCUCCAAAAAGGAAGAGCCCGCUUCUGGUCUUACCAUUGGAACUACUUAAUCGUGGCCACAGUGGUGUUAUUCUGUCUCGGUCACAUCAUUUGGUGGAUUGGCUAUGCAACUCUUCCAGACGCAUUCCGGUCAAUGACGCUGGAGGACAAUGCCGUAAAACGCUCGUACACGAUCAUGUUGUCUUCCGAAAGCUUUAUAUCAUUGGGAAUCCUUUUUGCUUUUGUCCAAAAUUUCUCAUUUUUUCAAGUAAACGCCAGUGUUGGUCCUUUGCUCAGUGCAUUUUCACAGAUGCUUAUUGACGUGGGAAAGUUCUUUUUGUAUUUCGCUUUCAUUUUUGUGGCAUUUGCUGCUAGUUUCACAAAGAUUUAUAUUCAGUACAACGCGGCCAAACAAUACUUCGCACUGGGGGCAAUGGAGGAAAAUCCUCAAAAGCUGCAACGGUGCGUUUACUGAGCAUAACGACAUACUUAUUUCAAUUAAUCACAAUCCACUCUUGGGUUAUCUCAUGGCAAGGGCUUAUUAUUUUUUCUUGCUACUUCAGGUUGUAUGGCAGUGCAAACGUGAUCUUUUGGUCGCUUUUCGGCGAAAUUGACUUUGAGGAUUUUAGGAUUAAAGAAAAUGGCUACGGUGCCAUCUGGAGAACAGGCAUGACGUUAUUUGUCCUGUUUAACAUUGUAGCGGUUCUUGUGGCUCUUAACAUGCUGAUUGCGAUACUCAAUGAAUCCUACACACGAAUUUCAGUAAGUAAAGACUAGUUCUGCUUUCUUUAAAAUGCAAUCGUUGUGAGUUGUAUAUCAUUUUUCCUGUCGUGAUCAAUUAUUGAGGUUGAAAUUCGUGAAAUGGUUAUUCCAUUUAACAUGUUCAGUUGAAUUCUCUGGUGUUUAACCCAAUAAUGUGGAUAAGGCUGAGUUUGGUUACCUCGAGUGUACACGUUCUUACUUCUUUCACAACUUUUAUUAGAAACACUAGGGUUUUGUGAAAUGCUCUCUGCGAGACCUGGUGAACAUUUUGCCUGCCAUAGUGAACUGAGCACUGGGAUCCCGUCCAGAUAAACCGUUUUGGAUUUUCCUACUAUUGUGGGAUUAUGAGCUCUAACGAUGCUGGUCCUAACACUUUCCUAAGUAACACGUAGUAAAAUUUAGUGUGGGUUAUUUCUUUUAUGAUUUAUAGGAAAACUUGGAUACUGAAUGGAAGUUCAAGCGAACAAAAAUGUGGUUAAAUUGGAUUUACAAGAAAAGCGUUAUUCCGCCACCAUUAAGCAUCGUGUAUGUGCUGCUUCCAGGCUUCUGGGUUAUGAAACAUCUGUUCAAAGCUUGUUGUCCCGUAGCCAUCUUGGUAAGUAUUGAAAUAUAUUUAACAGUGUUCGGAUUUUCCACCCGUUCUACAUUUUGGGUUGAGGAGAGACUGCAAAUAGAAUUAAGCAAAUGGCACACCCAUGUCCUUACUUUCUUUAAGUCCGUAUCUACGAAGCCAAUCGGCCUCGUCAACCACCUAUAUAAGCCGCAAAAAACUGCAAGACCUGGACACACCUCAAUCGCCUUCGCACUGGAUGGGGGAGAUCGCUAUCCUCCCUCAAGAUGAUUGGCGCCGAAUGUCGAUAAAUGCCGGUGUCCCUACCUGCAUUUGCCCGUGCCCAGUCUUCACACCACCCAAUCGGCAGGGUAAUUUUGCAGAACGUCGAAGGACUCUGAGUUUAGCGACUAGGGUUAGGAAACCGAGCAAGUCAGGUUCCAUGUAAUGUCAUUAUACUCGCAAAACUGAGCUAAAGACCUGAAACUUGAUUGGUUCAUGAUCAGUUUCCUAACCCUAAUCACUAAAUUUCAAAGUAAUUUGACGUUCUGCAUUCUCCGAAAGGCGAAUGCAGAACGCCGAACGACUCUGAAGUUUAGUGAUUAGCGGUUAGGAGACUGAGUGAAUCAGGUUUUAUUUAGGGUCAUUAGACUGGAAAACUGACCUGAAACUUGAUUCACUCCGUUUCCUAACCGUAAUCACUAAACUUUAGAGUCAUAGAGCGUUCGGUAUUCUGCGUUCGGCGUUCUGCAAAAAUACCCCUGCCGACACCCAAUUUUUCAGGCGGCUUAGCUGCUCGUGUAGCCGAAACCACCGAAUGGCUAGAGGAUGCCGACAUCCUAGUCUGAACCUCACCGUAGCUGAUGGAAGUUAAAUUCUUUGACGUUGUUCAGUAGGGUACCUAAAAUUCGUGAAAUUCUACACUAGGCUUCGGCUCCGUUAUUUUCUAUGCCUACUGGACAACAUGUUAGUAGAAACCAGUUACGAAGAGAGGACAGUUUCUCACAAGACAUAUCAAUAAGAAAACUGACGCAGAAAAGUAGUAAUACAUUACAGUACAAAGUAGGUAAGCAACGGCAGGGGAGCUUAGCUACAAUCGGUGACAAAAUUGAAGAGACACUGUACUCAAAUAAGGUACUUUCUGCACCUCUCACCUCCCCGGCCCCUUCUUUCAAAGUUAAGAUUUUUGUACAGGCUUCCUUUUCCCCACUUGAAGUGGUCAAAACGCCACAAGGGUAAAGGGCCUUAACUGAUUUUGUCGACUAUUGUGUGGCUGAAACUCUUUGAGUGAGAUUUUCAGUUGAUCAUUACAAAGUAUAGUGCCACUUUUGUGGAUGCUAAUAGGCAGCUCUAUACAACAGCCAUCUCUCCACGCAUUGGCUACAAAUUGUGCGGUCCCUUCGGAGUACUUCCUAUAAUGGCCUAUGAAAGGAAGCUUCGCUUCUAAAGGGCACCUUUAAUUAUAUUUAAUUAUAAAAUUUGUGUUAAGAAAUUCACGAGGGUCAUAAAUUUAAGCACUUCUAACACACGCAUUUUGUGACUUUGUUUUUUUUUAAUAUAGCAAACGCUAUAUAUGAUAAAGACAAGAAGACUGAGAUCUCCAGUUUUUUGAAAAAAAAAAAAACGUUUUUCAGCAGCCCGGAGUUUGCCCGGAACAUCAGCCCAUACAUUGAAUGCAACACCAUUUCGCUGAGGUCAAUUAACACAGCAGUGACAGUAGAUAGAAAACUCCAGAAAUUCCUGGACGUAAUCUACAAACAGAAGUUAGUAGUGAAUUUUUUAGAGCGUUAUACUCAGAUUCACGAAGUAGAUAUUGAAGAUUUGUACAUCCUUGAAUGAGUUUAUUGGAGAUCUUGAGACUCACCUCCAAAACUGAAAUGCAUGGCCACCCAAAAUAUCACUAGCGGUCGUCCAAUUGGACAAGGUAUUUACGCCUAUCUUACCAGUGGGAACUGUUUUAUUUAUUUUUUUUCUGUAACUGCAGGUGUUUUUGGAAAAGUUGUUUAAGAGAAAGCCUGUCAAUAGGACUGUUUCAAAAGAGGAAAGGAUUUGCGAGCAGGAGGUAAAGAAAGCUUAAAUUUUCGCCCGUCCUCACGAAACGCCAAAACGGUGGAAAUAUGAUAGCAUCCCUUGCAGGUCAUGCCCUGUAUGAUGUAUAACAUCAUCGCAUUCCAAAACCUCACUUUUUGUCCGUCCACAUCACAUAAAAUCGACAAGCAGGCGUUUUCAUACACACACCACUCUAUUUCGAAAACGUAAGUUUUUGGUGCUCAAAAACGUCGUUUAGUGUGGACGCGAGACUGAAACGAAGAUAAAAAUAUCCAUUUUCAAAAAUAUCUGGAUACGUGUGGACAGGGUCUUAGGAUGGAUUUCUAAUUUAUUUACGCGCGUACAACGUAUGAAAAGUUGAGCGAGGUUACACUUCAUAUAUUGCCUCUAUUUUUUUACGCGCAUAAAAUUUACGUGCUUACACACGUGAAAUCCACCUUAAAAUUUUACGUGGGUAAAUAAAUUAGAGGCAAGUUAUAAAAGGUCGCGGUAAACGUAAAAGUUGAACCUCGCUCAGCUUUUACGUUUAGCUCCACCUUCUAUAAAUUGCCUCUGUUUUAUUUACAGGCGUAAAUUUUACGUGAGUACGCAUGUAAAAAAAUUGCAACAGGGGAAAUCCACCGUUAAACGCAAUGUUAUUUUCGUCUGAAAGUCAUACACAUUAAAAGUCUGAAAUCAAUGCUGACUGAGUGCAAGUUUAAUCUGGCAAUCAUCACCAUAGCCGCAUACAGUUUUCAUUUUUUUGUUUUCUCAGAGACGAGAGGUGAUUCGCCAUCUUGUCUUGAGGUAUCUGGCUAAGAGAUCGUGUUAUUCCGCGGUCAGUAGUUCAGAGGAGAAGUCAAACAACGAGGCAAUGGCGGACACUGAAGAACCAAUUCUGGAGACUUGCCAAUCAAACGACACAGGAACCAUAAUAGAAACUGGCGUGUAG